AUGUUCGGCUCGACGUGGGGGACGCAAAACACUCAGCCUCAACAAGCCAGUGCUUUUGGACAGCCAUCUGCCUUCGGUGCUGCCGCUCCCGCUACCAAUGCGUUCGGGUCCACCAGUGCUUUUGGCCAGACCCAACCCCAGCAAGGCCAACAACCUCAAGUUAAUCCAAUGUUUGGAAACAUUACAACUCCAAGCAGCAACACAAACACGGGUGCCUUUGGCGCGUUUGGAGGCGGAAAUACCGCUAAUACAGGGGGGGCCUUUGGAGUGAAGCCAGCCACAGGAUUUGGCGCGUUCGGUGGGGGGACUAGCGCGUUCGGCAGCGGUGCGACUACUGGCGCGUUUGGUCAGCCAGCAAAUAAUGCUACCCCUGCGUCCACAUCUGUCUUUGGUCAACCAUCCACAAAUACCACUACUAGUGCUUUCGGUGGAGGUACAACCUCCUUAUUUGGCGGCAGUAAAUUCGGAUCCACCACCAACACAAAUCCUACUGCCCCGACAGUCACAACAGGAACAUUAAACCCUCCUUACAAUACCGUAUCAGAAAAGGAUGGAACGGUGACCCUUCAAUUUCAAUCGAUCUCCGUGAUGCCUGCAUAUGUUGGAUACUCUUUCGAGGAACUGAGGGUACAAGAUUAUGCUCAAAAUCGGAAAACUGCCACGGCUACGGGUGCUUUUGGCCAAACUGCCUUUGGCGCAACCCAACCUUCCACCUCGACUCUGUUCGGAGGGCAACCUCAACAACCAGGGCAAUCACUUUUUGGCGCAUCCAAUAAUACCGCAACGCCUUCUGCCUUUGGCGCAUUCGGUCAACCUGCCCAACCUGCCGCUACAAAUCCAGCUCCUGCAUUCGGAGGGACUGGCGCCUUUGGACAGCCGCAGCCACAGGCUCAGACUAGUGCUUUCGGUACUACUACUGGUGCUUUCGGACAGCCAGCACAACCACAACAACAGACUAGCAUCUUUGGCACUGGAGGUACAUCAGCGUUCGGAAACACUGCUAACAAGCCAGCGUUCGGAACAUUUGGCAGUGGGACAGGGACUGGUGUUUUUGGUGGAACAGGAACAUCAGCGUUUAGUUCUGCACAACAGCCUGCGCAACAACCUGCCCAAACUACCAGCAUCUUUGGGGCUGCUCAGCCUGCAGCCACAACACAACCUUCCCCUUUCGGUGCCUUUGGAAAUACGGCGAAUGCGCCAAAGCCUUCUAUCUUCGGAACUCCAGCCACGACUACCACUACUCAACCAACCACCUCUGCCUUUGGUGCCUUCGGCUCUACACCGCAACAACCGACACAGCCUCAACAAAAUACAACCCCCUCUAUUUUUGGUAGUGGUGGUUCCUCUUUGUUUAGUCAACCCCAACAAAACCAACAACAACCUGCUCAGACGACCUCUAUAUUCGGAGGGGGGCAAACGACCACUCCGUCUCUAUUUGGUGGUAAUACCAAUACCGGGAGUAGCCUUUUUGGAGGUAAUCAACAAGCUCAGCAGCCUCAGCAACAACAAGGCCAACAACAGCAAACGAACAGUCUCUUUGGAAAUAUGUUUAAUAAGCCCGCUCAACCUACUACAUCCCUAUUUGGUGGUGGACAGACCCAAGCUAAUACCCAACCCCAGACAAAUUCGCUCUUUGGUAGUUUCGGACAAUCGAAUCAAACCAAUUCGUUGUUCGGACCAAAGCCAGCUGCACCAGGACUUGGAGGUUCUCUUUCUGGAAACCAGGCCGUCUCAACAAAUCUCUUCGGCGCAACUUCCAAUAAUUCUGGUGCUCAAGGUUCUCUGACAGCAUCUAUCAAUCAGCCAAUCGGGGAAAAUCUUCCUAUCUUUUCGAUGCUGCCUCCUGGUCCCCGUCUGGUUGAUUUGGAGCAAAACAAAAGGCAGGCGGGAUUUUUUGUUGACCUGCCCACCAGAUCUCCUGUUCCCAGAGUUCAGCUUGGCUACAGUCCUGCUAGCUCAAAGCUCCGUGGAUAUGGGUCUUCUCCUUCCUUGACCUCUUCUACUAGUGGAAAUUCGCUGCUGUUCGCUUCUGGUAAACCAGGAGUACUCAACCUGAACAAAGCGGACUCCAUGUCUUCCUCUAUCGGCCCUGAUUUCUUGGGUCGCAGUGGUAGUCCUGCUCUUGGAAGUGGUGGUAGACAUAGCGUCAAAAAAGUCAUUUUGGAUAAGAAGACGGAACCCAUUGAAGUGUUUGUCAAGACGGGCAGUCCAGGAGGCCUACGGACCGGGAAGGUCACGUUCAGUCCAGCGUUGAGUAUUGCAGCACGAGAAAAAGAUGCAGCAACAGCUACUGGUCCUCAGGUUCAGGAUUCGCCGACCCCCGCCCCACGACCACAGGCUCACAAAAGCCCAAACCGAUUCACAGCACCAUCCACCAAGGAGCCAACUGCAUCCAGCGACGCUGACGAUCAGUCGAGCUCAACUGAACUUGGCGAGGGCGAUUAUUGGGUAAAACCCGAUUUGGCGACCUUGAAAAAGGCUGGGUAUGACCAGCUUUGUGCAUUCGAAGGUCUUGUCGUGGGACGAAAAGGAUAUGGAGAAAUUCAUUUCCUAAAACCUGUCGACCUUACCGGAUUACCCAAGCUUGGUUCUCUGUUAGGAGAAGUGGUCAGAUUUGAGGACAAGGAAUGCAGCGUGUACCCAGAAAGUGACGAAGCAGAGAAACCAUUGCCUGGAUCAGGACUCAAUGUGGAAUCCAGGAUAUCGUUAGAGCGAUGCUGGGUGACCGACAAGGCUACGAGGGAGCCAUUGACCGAUCCCAAUCAUGCGGCGGUUAUUAAACACCUCAAAAGAUUGAAGAACAUGAAGGGCACACACUUUACUGAAUUUGAUAUGAAGACUGGUACAUGGACAUUCACCGUGGACCAUUUCUGA